CUAUUUCCCCGCGGAAGUGGGCUACUUUGAAACAGGUGCAUCAGGUUAAAUUCAUCUCACCUGAACCCGAUUUUAGUCGAAAGACGAGACUGACAAAGGGAAACCCUUGGAAAAAACGCGCUUGGUUUAGUUUUGUUUAGAAAUCGGAUGGUUUGGUUUCGCAGACCUGGCAACCCGGAAAACUAUGAUAAGGGUUAAUGUUGUUUACGAGCGUUUCACACAGUAUGGGGAAGUUAGCAGUUGUCUCGCUAGCUGUUAUUGCUCUGGCAGCUUUCGUGGGAGAAAGGAUCGUUGCGCUUAGGCAUGUGUUGCUUUACUCCAGAGAGCUUACACAAAACUACCUUCCUAGCUGCCAACUAAUAGAGGGCAUAGAGUAUGGAGCUGAAGAUAUCACCAUACUCGACGACGGGUUGGCUUUUCUGAGCACUGGCUUGAAGUAUCCGGGCUUACCAUCCUAUUCAGAUGACCCUGGGAAGAUCUACACCCUGAAUCUGUUGGAUUCUAAAAUGAAAAUUAAAGCACUGAAAAUCAAGGGAGACUUUGACAAGGACUCUUUUAAUCCGCAUGGAAUCAGCCUGUACACGGAUGAACAAGAUGGUGCUAUAUACCUGUUUGUUGUGAAUCAUCCUCAAGGCAAGAGUCAAGUGGAGAUUUUCCGAUUUAUUGAGGAUGAAAAUGCUCUUCAGUACAUCAAGACCAUCAAGCAUGAACUCCUACAAAAUGUGAAUGAUAUAGUAGCUGUGGGGACCGAAAGCUUUUAUGCCACCAAUGAUCAUUACUUCACGAAUGAGAUUCUCAAGAUGGUGGAGCGGUUUCUGUCUUUGCCCUGGUGUGACGUCGUCUACUACAGCCCUCAGACCGUGCAGGUUGUGGCGGGGGGGUUUCCGUCCGCCAACGGUGUAAAUAUCUCCCCCGACAAAAGGCAUUUGUAUGUGUCAAAUAUUAUGAAGCACAAAAUUAGUGUCAUGGAAAUACAGAAAAACACCGUAUUGUCUCACAUAAAGGAGGUCGAUGUGGGGUCACUCUGUGACAACAUUGAGGUGGACCCUGAAACUGGAGAUCUGUGGAUGGGCUGCCACCCAAAUGGCCUUAAAUUUAUGCUUAGUGAUCCAAAAGAUCCACCGGGCUCUGAGGUUAUCAAGAUUGAGAACAUCCUCUCUGAAGAGCCCAGGGUGACUCAGGUAUAUGCAGAUGACGGCAGUGUGAUCGUUGGUUCUUCGGUGGCAACACCAUAUGGAGGAAAGCUGCUCAUAGGAACAGUUUAUCAGAAAGCUCUGAUCUGUGACUUUCAUUUGUGAAUAUACUCGCUCACAGGGAAGAAUAAAUAUUGGAUCAAGUGUUUGAAAGAAUUUGUCUAAAUAGAGUGAUUUUAAAGGCAACACAAAACAAAAGUCAAGGCCUUUUAUAGGGUUUGAAAUAUAAAUCCAUAUAAUAUCAAUUUGGCUUAACCCAGAUUGGGUUGAAUUAGGAAGAAUAAAUACAUAGGGCAUUGGAUAGGGUAUAUGAUUUGAGAUAUUGGCGUUUAACAAAAUUAAAGACUGGAAAUGCUUAUUAUAUUUGGCUUGUUGAUCUCUGAAUUGUCCGUUAGUGCCAACAUUUUUGCUGCUUUAAAAAGAUUUUAAAUAAUUUCUUGUUCGCAUUUCAUUUGGGUAGAGUGCAACUUUUUGAGUCAACUUGUGAUUUGAUUUUACAAUGUACAAUUUUACAAAGUUAUAUUUUAAUAUGUUGUCAGUGAAAAUUAAUAAUUAAUGAGUGAACCUUACAAGCAAUAUUCCACCAAAUGGAUAGCUUGAUAGUAACAGAUAAUACUGUAAUGUGUCGGAAGUGUUUUAGAUGUGUCUCUUCCUCACACAGGGUAUAAGAGUUUAAAGGGGUCACGUGAUGUUGCUAAAAAAAACACUAUUUGUGUAUUUGGUGUAAUGCAAUGUGCUUGUGUAGUUUAAGUUUUCAAAAAACUUACAUAUGAAUAUUUGAAAACAAUCUGAAUAUUUGUGGAAAAGUGUUUGAAAAGUGAUUUCUAGCUGUGCCCUCUUUUCGAAAGCACAAAGAAAGUAAUUUAAUUUUCACAACAACACGCAGCACAUUGGGACUUUAGUCUUUGCCGCUUCAAGGAUUUUAUCUAUGCACCAACAGCUUGUAACACUACAAAGAGAAAGGAGAAUUUGAAAUUGCGUGAUAUGACCCCUUUAAAAAAACAAUUUUUGAUUGAUAAUACCAAGAAUGCCCAAGUACCUUGCAAGUAUAAUUGAGAGCAGAGUGGAGAUUUUAUGCAAACUGUAUACUGAAGAAAAGGAAGCCAGUGUGAUAGUCACAUGUUUUGGAAGAGAAAAGGCAUCCAAGCCAAAGGGCUUUUUCUUGAAGACCAAAGCAGUCUGUGUUUAAAGCCAUGCUACUAAAGCAUUACUAGAAGUAGAAAAUCGAAUAAUUGUAGCCUGUGUGUGUUUGUUUAUAUGAGAAACAGUAUCUUUUUUGAAAUUGUAAAUAAUUAAUGGGCACUUUAAUGCUGAGUGUGAUUUAGUUGAUAAGUUGAUUACUCUGGAAUCGUCCUUCUGUCCAAUGAUUAGCACAUUUAUUUUCUGUGAGUUCUGUGUAUAUGUUCACGACUGAUUUUUAUUUUUACACGAUAAUGAAACGAAUCAACUGUCAGCAUUUUAUGAUUUGCAUUUUACUUACACAAAAUGCUGUGCAUGAUACCAAGUCGAGUGUUCAUUAAAACCGACUGAAAAGAAA